CUUUCUCUAUCUCUUUCUAUAUUGAUACACAAGCACACAUUUAUGUCUUCUAAAGAAAAUGCUUUGAUUUGGAGAGUUUAAAGUGGGAUUUUGAAGGAGAGGAGGAAGAGAGGUUGGAGAGCUUGGCAUGAGCUUCAAAUUGAGGCCAAUAUUGUUAGGGUUUUAAAGGAUUUCAAAAUUUGGGGCUUGCUAAGGGCUUGUUUGGCUAAUCAUCUUGAGGAUUGUUGAUAAUUGUUACUAAAUGGCCGAUCGAAGUGAAAAGAAAGAUAAUCAUCCGAAGAUUGCUAGAAGUUCAGCCACUGAUAUAAUGAGUAACCUUCCAAGCGAGGUAACGGAAAACAUACUAAUGUUGUUGCCGUUGCGAGAUGCUGUGAGGACAAGUAUUUUGUCAAGGAAAUGGAGGUAUAAGUGGGUCAACCUCCCACAGCUUGUCUUUGAUGAUACAUUGGUCAAAGAUUCAAUGGAAAACGACGAUCCGUUACUCCAUAGCAAACUUUUCAAGAUUAUAUUUCAAGUGUUAUUACUUCAUAAUGGACCAAUAGUGAAGUUCACCCUCUCUAUUUCUGCACUAAAAAUCUGUUCUGAGAUUCACCCGUUGAUGGUUUUCCUGUCAAAGAAUGGCAUUAGGGAACUUGCUAUAGAUAUUUGUGAUCUCAAUGGCUAUAGGUUUCCUUCGUCACUCUUUUCAUGUGAAGAACUAAGACAAUUGUAUCUCAGUAAUUGUUCAUUUGACCCUCCUCUUACAUUUAAAGGAUUUAGUAGGAUCACAAGUCUAGAGUUUAUCUUAGUGGACUUUGGUGAUGGUGUACUUGAAAAGUUGGUUUCUAGUUGCCCACUACUUGAACGGCUGAAACUGGAAGGGCCCAUGUAUUAUGACAACCUUGAAAUUGACGCUCCAAAUCUCAAGUUCUUAAGCUCAAAUGCCAGAUUCAAAUAUAUUCAUUUCCAAAAUGCCCCUCUUCUUGCAGUAGUUUUGAUUACUUCAGAUGAUGAUGAAGAAGACGGAAAGGCGUAUCAAAUGAUUGAUGUUUUUGGUUGCUUACCUGUAAUUGAGACUUUGCAAUUGGGACGUCGUUUUUUGAAGUUCUUGACUGUGGGUGGUGUACCUGAGAGGCUCCUGUUUACCUUAGACCACCUCAAAGUUCUUCAACUAGAUGAAGUAUAUUGUCGAGAAAUUGCAGAGGUCUCCUUUGUUCUGUGCUUGAUUAAAAGCGCCCCCAACUUGAAAAAACUUGAAAUUGAGAUGUUUACCAGCAAAGAUGAUGAUACAGGACCUGUUUUAGAAUUUUUAGAAAUGCAACUCUACUCAGAUGUCUCUUUCAAUCAACUUCGAGAAGUGAAGAUGCAAUUCUACUCUGGCACAAGGCCCGAAUUGGAGUUUAUAAAGCUUAUAUUAGCAAAAUCCCCGAUGCUAGAGACGAUGCUUAUUGAGUCCUCAAAGGAGGUUGCUGAUAAUGGAGAGUUGACACGAUUUCCACAUGUCGCACCUAAAGUAGAAAUUAUCCGCAAAGAUGCAGAUAAAAAUCGUGUCACAUAUCUGGCAAAAGGCCUGAAUUGGAGUUUGACAGAGGGUGGCGGCUGAAUUGGAGUUUAUAAAUCUUAUAUUAGCUAAAUCCCCAAUGCAUAUUGAGUCCAUCUCAAAGAAGGUUGCUGAUAAUGGAGUGGUAAUACUUAGAGAGUUGACAUGAUUUUGACGUGUCUCACCUAAGGCAGAAAUUAUCGAUGCAGAUGAAAAUCAUGCUUAGCGUAUGGGUUUAUAUCCAUUUUGAUCAUUUUAAGGCCUUUAAAAGGGAUUACAUAUAAUCAUAUUGAUGGGUUUUUCGUUUCUUUUUUUUUUUCCCCUUCAGGAGGCCUAAUGUGUCUGUUUUUUUCUUAAUUAGAGGUGUUAAUAGAUAAUUGAUUCUGUUAACUAGAGAAUACAAUGAGUUCUUUUUUUAAGUAAUCAAAUGACAUUGUUAGAAGUUGUACAAGUAAAAAGAUGGGAUUAUGUGUUUUUGUCCUUGUUGAAUGUGAUGUUAUUUUUGUUUGAGGGUAUUCUUUUUUUUUUGUGGUACUUAUGCCUCUCUUACAAAUUCACAGAACUUAUCUUUGAGAUUGUACAUAUUCAACAACUCACAUAAACAAAAUGGAGAUGGUUUGCACUGCCAAUCUUUAGGGAAGAGUAAGUCUUUAUCACAAGGACCUCUCACAAUGAGUUCAUUCAUAAGAAUGUAAUUUCAUUCAGAGCAUCUUCAUGAAAGCUCUCUUUUAACACUUGUAAGUCGAUAUUGUUUCAAGGUUUAGCUUUUACUCUUCACAUUAGAGCACCUUAGUGAUUCAUGGGUCUGAUUCACAUGAAUCACUAAGAAUGCAGGUGCUCAACCAAUAACUGAAUACAUUUGUCAUUUCUUAUAAAAGGUGCUUGUUUACAAUGUUUUACUUCAUUUCUUUGAACUCUAUGUUUUACAAAUAUCAGGCAGUCAUGUGUAGUGAUAUUGCAAUAGCUCAGUUCCGAUUUUUGGAGCGCGCGCUUCUGGUGCAUGGACACUGGUGUUACAGAAGGAUCUCAACAAAAAUGAUUUGCUACUUCUUCUGUAAGAAUGUCACAUUCGGUUUUACGGUCAUCUUAUAUGAGGCAAAUGUAUCAAUCUCCGGGAAGCCUGCAUACAAUGAUAGGCUUCUGCCCCUCUAUAACGUCUUCUUCUCAUCACUUGCUGUGAUUUCCCUCGGUGUUUUUUGACAAGGAUUUAUCAGCACGGUUUUGUCUCAAGGAGUAGAGGUUGUUCGUGCUGAGCAGGGAUCAGUCUACUUCAUUCUUUCGAUUCUAUUUAGGAGUUUUGUUUAUGUUUCAGUUUUCAGAUGUAAACAUUAUUUCAGUUACUUAUUCAGUCUAGUUUUUUAUAGGGGUCCACAUAGUAUGGAUUCCCGAAUUGUAUUAUUUUGGAGGAUUAAUUGUAUCAGAAGGAUUUAUUAAUUAAUGGAAAUUUAUACUGAGAAUUUUAUAAUGGA